AUGCGUUCUGCGAUCAUCCUCGGAGGCUUGGCCUCAAUUGUUCUCGCUUGCGACAACCCAGAUAACGAUGCUUGUGCCAAUGCUUUCACCGUUUCCUCAGCCGCAGCUGGUCCUUUCUGUGCUACUUAUACCCAAGCUGCAAACUCAGCUUCCACUGGUCUUCCCGCUUUCGCUACCGCUUGCGCAAACAAGCCAAAGAAAUUGUCUAGCGCAUGCAGUUGUCUUCAUGGAGCAACCACCUUGGCUACUGUUGCCAAGAGCACAAGUGCAGCUGCCGCCUCGGGCGUAGCUGCCUCAAGCGCCGCUGUCGCCCCAGUUGCUGCUAGCUCAGGUUCAGCAGCUGCCAGCUCAUACGCUCGAAGCUCAUACGUCAAGUCUGUCACUGCCUCAGUCUCUGCUCUAGCUCACAAAGCAACAACUGGUGUUGUUGCCAGCACGUCGGUCCCAGCCGUUUCAUCCACUGCAGGUGCAAGCACUGCAGUCAUUACAUCGGCACCAGCUGCCCCAGCUGGAUGCACAGCUACAGCUUACGCUGACAUCGCUGACAUCAUUGCUUCUUGCACAAACAUUGUUUUGGACAACAUCUCUGCUCCAGCAAGCUCCACCAUCGAUCUUCAAAAACUCCAAGACGGAUCCACCGUUACCUUCUCCGGAACUACUUCAUUCGGAACCACUGCCGAUUCUGACUUCAACCCAAUUGUUGUCAAGGGUACUGAUAUUACCAUUACUGGAGCUGCUGGACACGUUAUUGAUGGAAACGGAGCUGCAUACUGGGAUGGAGAGGGUUCUAACGGAGGAAGCGGCAAGCCUGAUCAUUUCUUCGUCGUCAAGGAUGUCGUCAACGGUGUCAUCUCCAACCUCAACAUUCAAAACUGGCCUACUCACUGCUUCGACAUUACCGGUGCCCAAGGUCUUACUGUCUCUGGACUUACCCUCGACAACUCUGCUGGAAAUGCUCCUAACUCCAAGUCUGGUGAUAAACCAGCCGCUCACAACAGUGAUGGAUUCGAUAUCUCUGGCUCUGACUCUGUAACCCUCGAGAACUGUGUCGUCAAGAACCAAGAUGAUUGCGUUGCCGUCACAUCUGGAUCCAACAUUCUCGUCACCGGAAUGACCUGUUCAGGAGGCCACGGUCUCUCCAUCGGAUCCGUUGGAGGAAAGUCCAACAACACCGUUUCCGGCGUUACAUUCUCCGAUUCCACCAUCACCAACAGUCAGAACGGAUGCCGCAUCAAGUCCAACGCUGAAACCACCGGUACCAUUGAGAACGUCACCUACUCCAACAUCAAGAUGUCCAACAUCAGCGAUUACGGUAUCGAUGUCCAGCAAGAUUACUUGAACGGUGGACCUACCGGUAAACCAACCAACGGUGUUACCAUCUCCGGCAUUAAAUUCUCCGGCAUAACAGGUACCGCCACUGACGAUGCAUACAACUACUACAUCCUUUGCGGAAGUGGUUCUUGCUCCGACAUCACAUUCACCGAUGUUGCCAUUUCUGGAGGUGGAAAGACUUCCACUUGCAACUACCCAUCUACUGGAUGCCCAGCAUAA